AUGACUUCAGCACAAAAAACUAACGUGAAUGUGGUCUUUGGCGCCAUGACCUUCGGUAAAGAAGGCUCUGAGCAGGCGAGGGUUCAUGACCUUGAGACCGCUGGCAAGAUUCUGGAUAUUUUCCAAGCUCAUGGCCACAAUGAGAUCGACACCGCCCGAGCAUACUGCGAGGGUACUACCGAGACAAUGCUUGGUGAACUCGAAUGGCAGAAGAGAGGUCUCGUCAUGGAGACCAAGUACUAUCCCACAGCUGGAAAGUCCAUUCCUUCAUCAUGGAACAACAAUUUGAGACACACUCCUGAGGACCUGCGUGAGAACCUGAUGACCUCGCUGAAGGAAUUGAAGACGGACAAGAUCGACAUGUGGUAUCUGCAUGGUCCUGACAGAACAACCUCCUACGAAAUCACCAUGAAGGCUGUCAACGAUCUAUACAAGGAAGGCCACUUCAAGAGAUUAGGGGUUUCCAACUACAUGGCCUGGGAGGUGGCUCAGAUCUGCGAGCUUUGUCGCAAGAACGACUGGAUCCAGCCGACUGUCUACCAAGGUGUCUACAACGCACUUCAUCGUUCAGUCGAGCCGGAGCUGUUCCCUUGUCUUCGUUACUACGGCAUAGCCUUCUACAACUACAACCCUCUUGCUGGCGGUUACCUUACAGACAGAUACAAGAGGGAGGACGCCGAUCAAGAAAUCGAGAGCGGUUCACGAUUUGAUCCCAACAAGUGGCAGGGCAAGAUGUACCGUGGUCGCUACUGGAGAGAAGAAUACUUCAACGCUCUCGAUCUGCUUCGUCCUGUUGCAAAGAAGCAUGGACUUACUGAAGCCGAGUGUGCGCUGCGCUGGAUGCAGAACCACAGUCAGCUCCAGCGUGAGAAGGGCGAUGCUAUCAUCAUUGGCGCAUCGUCUCCUCAUCAUAUCGAGUCGAACCUGAAGGACAUGGAGAAGGGCCCUCUUCCUGAUGAUGUCGUUGAAGCUUUGGACAAGGGUUGGGAGGGUUGCAAGGGCAUCUCAAUCAGAUAUUGGCAUUAG